AUGUCGCAACAUCACACGCCUCAUCACCACCAGAUUCUGAUGGACCCGUCCCAUCUAGGUGGUCUUCCAGGCGCGAGACAUAUGGGCCAUCACGGAGCGUCGCAUUAUGGUGCCCAGACCACUUCUCAUGGCGUUCCAUUGUAUCCGUCAAUGACGCCAAGCCAACCACACAGCGCAGGGACAAAGCGAAGUCGGCCAGAUGAUCUGGAUCUUUCCGUCUCGGGAAUGCCCGAGUUGGACCAGGGAGACCUUGACUCCAUGCAACAGACACCGUUGGGUGCUGCUUAUGCUCAAGCUACCAGCGCGCCACCAACUCACCACCACCAUCAUCGCCUUCCUGAUCAUGGGCCACCGACAAAGAUGAUGCGUCGCGACGCUGAAGGGAGUCUGUCCGCAAGUGGCGGAGGUGCACCAAGCGUAGUGGGCCAGGCCGGCAUGCCAGCACCGGCGGCGAGGCCACGAGGGCCAAAGCUCAAAUUUACUCCCGAGGACGAUCAGCUUUUGAUUGAUCUCAAAGAGAAUAAGAACUUGACGUGGAAGCAAAUCGCAGACUUCUUUCCUGGACGUUCAUCAGGGACCUUGCAAGUGCGGUACUGCACAAAGCUCAAGGCAAAGACAACACAGUGGACUGAUGAAACGGACCAAAAACUGCGAGCUGCACUGGCCGACUACGAAAACGAGAAGUGGCGCAUCGUAGCCAACAAGAUGGGUACUGGUUUCACCCCGGUAGCCUGCCGCGAGCGGGCCGAGCAGCUAGCAGAGGGGACCGAUGAAGAAGAGAACUUAUAG